AUGUUUUUAUUUGGAUAUGUUUAUACGCACACUUCAAUAGAUACAAUGAAAAACAUACCUGGAUCGUCCUUUCCUUGGGUUGGGAUUUUGCGAAUACACCGCAACAGGAUGAAAGCACACGGUAACGUAGGAAUUAUCCUCAUAACCAGAGCAGUCGCUAUUGGAAACGCAAAAGAGAUAUCCAAAAUAGAUGUCCAUACCAUAACUAAAUCAACAAAGGCGGAGUUUCUCGUCAUGGGCACCGCUUUCAACUAUAAAAUCAAGGACUACAUUAUACAUCCAGAGUAUUACCAGGGGAGGGUUAAUACCAUCGCUAUAGUCAAUAUUGUUGAUGACGAGCGGGAUGCCCCGAAAUCGGUGAAGGAAAAACAUAGUGAAGAAGCCCACGUUUCCGAGAAAAGUAUUUUCGGAGGUAUGUGA